GCUGAAGCGUCAGAGAGAGGCGCACUUUGGUCUGCUUGAAAUUGCCACCAUUCAAAUCCUCAAGCAACUACAUCAACUCCUUGUUCUACAAGGUUCUCAAUCUCGUCAAUCUCGCAAAAUAUGUCCGGAACGAGCAUCCUUCGUACACACUCCAUGCUCGUGGUUUCGAGCCCGGUCACCCAUUCUUCAUCUCCAUGACCAAGAUGGUGUCUUGCUACACUGCAGGAGUCAAGAGGACCCAGGUAGUGCCAUGUACCAUCGCCUUCUACAAUUGUGGCGGUAUUGUCGCAUUUGAAGUUGCUAAGCAGCUCGCGGCCAUGGACAACAAAGUCAAGUUCGUCUCGACAUACCUCUUCGUCUCGCUGACCGCAUGCACGAAAUUGACCGGAUGGGUGGCAUGCUCCACUUCUCGUAUUUACUCGGUCUCGUAUUGGAUCAUGAUGCUAAUGAUAACUGAGAGCGCUCGCGAGCAAGGAACAGUUCGAGGUCGUGUGUGGACAUUGCUCGGUCUCAACGGGCGCAAAAAGAGCUGCAAUUCAUCAGGCUCGGUUUCCACAGUCACUGUUUUUGCGACAUUCCCCUUCACGGAAGCAAAACUUAUUAGCUCAACAACCAGCUGAAGCUAUGGUCUGGCUUCAGCUGCGACGAGCCUAUAUUGACGAGCCUGGGCAACGCGACAUGCUCGUGGACGUUGGCCACGUCUCGCAGUUCCAGAAGAUCUUUCAUAGUGAUCUGGGGGUUCGUGGGCUAUAAAUGUUUGGAGAGGGUAUUGCGGUGACUCGACUCUAACUAAUGAGCAGAGGGGCUGUCCUGUUCUUGAAGUGUUGUCUGGUACUACUGCAUAGGAUUGCUCGGAGACGGGACUUUGAUGUUGAUGAUGCUGUCACCUGAAUAUAUCAAUGGUCCAUUUUGGAUGCGCAUAAUGUUACUUA